AUUCCACUUGUUGAUACCAGCACAAGAAAUCUCUCGUCAUGAAGUCUGCAAACAUUCACAGUGUGACAUUCUUAUUAACAACUGUUUUAUUCGUAUUGCUCUUUGCUGAAGUAUUAUGCGUACCACAUGAUUUCGGGGGAAGUUAUUAUCGGCUUUGUUGGUCAGCGGAAGAAACUUUUUUCAAGGGACAAUGUCUCCCGAUUGGCAGUACCGAACAUUGUCCAAUUAACAUGCAACUUUUCGACGGACCUAACAAAGGAGGAUCUUGCUAUUGCGAUAAAGAUAGCUACCCAAUAUAUUAUUCUGAUGGAACUUUUGAUUGUUCAUUUAAAUACGAGAAAAAUCCAUAUGGAUUAUAUUCCUAUUCACCAUUAUCCCUUAAGUUUUCGCGUUCAUGCCCGUUUCGAACUGUACUUAAUCGAUCUGGAAAUUGCGUUAAUCCAAUUUAUGGGUAGAACUCGUUGGAACAUUUAAACAACAGCUUUAUAAGCGAUCGAGCGUAACUUGUCUGUGUAAAGCAACCCAACAUCACUUUUUAUUUCAAAUGAAAAAAUAUUUUGAAUAAACAAAAGUUUUAGAGGUUA